GAUUCAUAAAGUGGAAUACUCUCCAGUUCAAUUAUUUUCUUUAGCUUUCGUUCCACUUUACUUGUUCUCACGUUGGGCUUGUACCUUUAUUUUAUGACACCACAAGUUGUCAGAGGAUGACAGUGUAUGGCAAGCCAUUUUAACAUAUAACAGCUGCCCCUUCACAUCAUUGGAUGUUCUUUCUGCCAUUCAAAUAGUCGCAGACUGCUCUGUCUCAAGUAGACUUCCUGAACAUGUACAGACUGAGGUUUUCCAGUGAAGGAUCGCGACUUUACCUCGUCGUGGGGGAACUGUAAUGAGACACCUGUUUUGGAAUGGACCUAAACCGUGACACAGGGGGAAUUUACAUAAACAGAACACCAUGACGUAAAAGAAAGUGAAAUGGACAAAACUGACUUUUACACCUUUUGUGUAAACAUUUUUAAUGCCUGUUUUUAGCUGUAAACCAGCCAACACUGAGGAGAAAACAUUUAUUCUUUCAUGGAUUACAAAGGCUGGAAUUUGUGGCAUUUUUCCAUUGGAUGAACUUCCAUCCCACCUGCGCCUCAGCAAGUCCGAGACAGGAAGUGAAAGUCUUAUCCAGCCACCUCACUUCCUCACUUCCCCGCAGCUCCCCCCAGCUUGGCAUGCCUUCAGUUCCGGCAUCUCUCAGAACAACACAGUUUAGGCCGAGGAGGCAGUAGCCCUCUCCCUAGUCCAGUUGGGCGUUUGUGGACUUGGUUUUCCUCAUUCCUGCUGUUGGUGCUCUGUGUGUCAGUUGUUUAAAAGUAAUUCAGCUGACCUCUGGAUGACUAGCUAUUUGAUGUUCAUCUCUCUGACCUCAUGACCUUGAUGACACCAUCUGUGGCUGCCUGGCCUGUGUUGCACUACAAAGCUGUUGCCAGUACUACACUGAUCAGAUAUUUUGCAUAUAAUUUGCUUCCUUUGGUGUACUGCAACAAACAUUUUUGAGUCCACUUUUAAAACUUUAAUGUUUGAUGUUUUAAUGAUUUUUGUUUAAAUAUAUACAUAUUUGUAUGUAUAUGAAUUUGCCAUCCAUUAUCAGACAAUUGAUGAAGAGCAAUCUCAGUCUUCAAAAGCACUUUAGUAAUUAUUAUUUAGUUGGAUGUAUUUGUUGUUAGAACUGUAUAACUGCUGUGUUAUGAACUUUAAAAACUGAUGGUGUUCCAAGCCGGAACAACAUUUCAAGGAGAAGCAUUUUAAAAUUCAGGUUUUGAACUGUGCAUUUAACAGAGGAUAAGGAAACUGCCAUUCCAAAGAGAAAACGUAAAUUUGGAUUUUGAAAAAAAGUCAAGUCUUUUGGGAUUUAACAAAGAACAUCUGCAGUAAACUGAAGAUCGUGACCCAGAUUAAACAUCCAUAGAAUACCUAUUUAUAAACAAAGCACUCAGAACAAACAGCAACAUAUAAUACACAUCUAUAAUUUAACCAAGAACUUUCACCCUGGAAGCAGUUUGCACACUGCCCAGAUUGCUCCGGAACCUCCCAUGACCAGCCAGCUGCAUGCCAGACCCACCUCCCUGUCUCAGAACUUUGCACAGGUAACUCCUCGCGUUCCAGUCGCCCUAGGCAGCCUUCUGCCGCAGUGAGGAUGCGCUCCCCAGAGCCACAGGUCCCGUCCCCGUCCGAAGCCCUGCUCCAUGGCCAGUUUGAUGGUUGGAGCACAGGUGGCACUGGAGGUGGUGGUAGUGGAGGAGGAGGAGGUGGCAACGGGGGCAAUAACAGCUGUCCCAAUAGCCCAGGGGGGCCGGCGUCUCUACAGGCCAGCAGCCCGGCGGCCAGCUACGCCCUGACGCUCACGCACACACACAUCCACGUGCAGCGGCUCUCGCCGCGGCCGGGCAAGGAGGCGCGGCUGCUCCUGCCCCUGGUGGAGCUGGCGGGGUGCAGUUGCCCCCGCGCCCCGGCUCCGCCGCUCCUGGUGCUCUACUGGUACCCGCCGGGCCGCCGCAGGAAGGGCGUGUCCCGGCGCAGGCAGGUAAGGGCGUACCUGGCCGAGAGCCGAGCCGAGGCCGAGAAGUGGUACGCCGCCGUCCAGUGCCUGCUGAGAGGAGUCGUCGUCAGUGCCACCACAGAAUUUAGCAAAAGCCUGUUGCCCCGCCCUCGUCGCCUGCUGCUGUUGGUCAAUCCUUUCAGUGGGCGGGGCCAGGCCAUGCAGUGGUGUCAAACACACAUCCUGCCAAUGAUCAGAGAGGCUAACAUCAGCUACAACCUCAUACAAACAGAGCGCCAGAACCAUGCACGAGAGCUCAUCAGGGAGAUUUCCCUGCAGGAGUGGGACGGUAUCAUCAUAGUGUCCGGUGAUGGACUCCUUCAUGAGGUGAUAAAUGGUCUCAUGGAAAGGCCAGACUGGGAGACGGCCAUAAAGACUCCAGUGGGAAUUCUACCAUGCGGGUCUGGGAAUGCCCUAGCUGGAUCCGUAAACCACUAUGCGGGGUAUGACAUGUGCCUUCGAGAGCCCCUUCUCCUGAACUGCUGCUUCUUACUCUGCCGAGGCGGGGUGAGACCCAUGGACCUGGUCUCCGUGACGACCAGUCCCAUUUCCUCCUCCUCCUCCAAUCAGAAUGGGCGGCCGGCCGCCCCCAGACGCCUCUUCUCCUUCCUGUCCGUGGCGUGGGGCUUCGUGUCGGACGUGGACAUUGAGAGCGAGCGGUACCGGGGCCUGGGCUCGGCCCGCUUCACGCUAGGCACGCUGGUUCGGUUGGCGUCUCUGCGCUCCUACAAAGGCCGUCUGUCCUACCUGCCCCCCAACGCUGUCACCCCAUCCCCUGACACCACCACCACCACCCCGCCUCAGAGGCGCCCUCUGUCCCGCAGCAUCACAGAGGGCCUGGAGAGCUUCUGCCGCACCCCCAUCCACCGCACCAUCUCCGACAUGGGCCUCAGCGAACAGAGAAGCCUGCGCAAGGGAGAUGGGGAGCGGGAGAGAGAGCGGGAGAAAGAGAGGGAGGAGAGAGAGAGGGAGCGAGAGAGGAGGAGGGAGAGGGCGAGAGGGGUCAAGGUGGUCCGCGCCAGCAGCCUGGCGGAGGACAGGGAAAGGGAGCUGGAGGCGGAGGGGAGGUUGGGGACGACCGAGAGGUUGGAAGGGAACGAGGAAGAGAGGGAGGAGGACAUGGAGGAUAGAGGGAGCGAGAACGACAGCAGAAGUAGCAGAGAGGAGGGCAGGAGCGAGGGACAGAGAGAGGGAGGUGGAGGGGUGGAUGGGGAGGAGGGGGUGAUGGAGGCGAGAGAGGUGAGUGAGGGCUACGGACUGGUGAUGGGCCGCGAGGCGCAGGAAUGCCCCGACGGUGACCUGGACUCCGAGGAGCCGCCCGAGCCGCGAACGGCCGUCCGCAAGAACUCUGCGCUGUCCAGCCAGAUCGCCAAAGCCUUCUUCAGCCAGCCAAUCAGUGCCAGCGCUGACUCGGACACUGAGAUGGAGCCGGCGGCGUACGGCCAGCAGGACGAGGACGCCAACGGCACGUACUUCCAGCGCGAGGCCUUCCCGCCGCCGGACACGCGCGAGCGCUCGCUGACCAUCUCCUCGCCGUUCCGCCACUCGCCCUUCUCCUACAAGCCCAAAGCGCUGGACCUGAACCAGAACUCGGCCCGGCCGCGGCCGCUCUCGCUGCUGCACCACCACUCACACUCCAACUCGCUCCCGCCCAAGCUGCCCUCGCUGUCGCUAUCGCUGUCCCCCACGCCGCCCUCCUCGCCCAGCUGCGCCUCGCCCCACGCCUCCUCCUACCUGGCCCCGCGGCCCAACACGCCCGGCUCCUCCUCCCCCUCCCCCUCGCUGCGCUCCCCCUCCCCUUCCUUCAGCUUUGACAUUGCCGAGCCCGCGGGGCCCCUGAAGAACCGUCCAAACGUGUGCGGCCCCUACAUCCCGCCCCGCGACGACCUCCUGCCCCCCCUGGACCAGCCGUUGCCCACGCGCGACUGGGUGACCAUCGAGGGGGACUUUGUGCUGGUGCUGGCCAUCUACCAGUCGCACCUGGGCGCGGACCUGCAUGCGGCGCCGAACGCCCGUUUCGACGACGGCCUGAUCCACCUGACGUUUGUGCGGGCGGGCAUCUCACGUGCCACGCUGCUGCGCCUCUUCCUGGCGAUGGAGAGGGGCGCGCACCUCUCCCUGAGCUCACCGUACGUGAGCCACGUGACUGCCAAGGCCUUCCGUCUGCAGCCCCUCUCAUCCAGGGGCACCCUCACUGUGGACGGGGAGCUGGUGCCCUAUGGACCCCUGCAGGCCCAGGUUCAUCCCUCCAUGGCCCGACUCAUUGUGGGAGACUCAGGAGUCCGAAUCACCAGGUUCUGAGCAGCGUGUAGGGAUUUGGGUCCGUGUUGACCCCCCCCCCUUCAUGUCUGUGUCUCUCCUUCCCACUCUCUGUGGAUUACAUCACUUCAGAUUUAGAAAGAAGGAAAUCUGAAAAAAAAAAUAGAAAUAGCCCACCACUGGAAUACUGGCUCUUUCUGGGAUUUACUAAAAGGGAUGGCCUAAUCGGCCUGCACGGGAGCGGAUUAAUAGCGAAUUUAGUGAAGGGAGAAAAAAAAACUGUGAGCCGUUACAUAGCUGCUGGAUUACACCAGGAUUACCCUCUACCAUCGACUGACGCAUGAAAAACACAAAUCCCCAUGGGGGGAGAACAAAACUGAGAUAUAAACAAGUAUGGCAACAAAAAGAAACAGAAUGGCUGAAUGUCUGCAUCCUAGUGUGUACACUCAUGCAUACCAUGCACUACCAGACCCUGCCUUAUUCAGAGAAAGGAAAUCAAAACAAAGGUUGAAAAGAUCUCCCACUGUUCUAGAACCACCUCAAGGGAAGCCACACCCUCACGCACAGGACCCCCCCCCCGUCCACCUCAGUCCACCCCAGUCUCUGUGUCAUACCGUGCAUUGUGUAAUGCCCGUCCGUGCAAUGCCUUAUCCAGCUCAGAAUCUGAACAUGCAAUCUCACCCCCACCAUCCCCCCUGUUAAUACACCUCCUCCCAUCAAACUCUUGAAGACCUCUCACCCUUGAAGAAACUGUCUGAAGGAUAUGGAUCAUCCAUCCACAUCUGUAGGAUUGAUUACUCUGUAUUCAUUCCCUCAGGCAAUGGACAAAAACAAUAAAAACACUUAACCUUUCUCACUAAAUAACAGACAGACGCAAGCUCACAGCCAAACUGACACAGUUGUAGGAUUAACUUGAAAUCUGUUUGUAUGACUCCAUCUAAAUGUAUUUUUUUAUGUUUGUCCGUGCAUCUUAUGGAAAGAAAUAAUGUUCGGCAGAGAGGAGGCUGUUAAAUGUUAAUUGUUCAGUCUGUAAGUUGCAUUUGCCUGCAUUUGCAAAGCAUGUAUGAUGAGGAAGACAAUGAUGAAGCUGACAGAUGCGAGUCUGCUGGGUGCUUUAGAGAUUGCGGUCUCCGCCAUGGUGGUUGGAUGACAUAAUCUUCCUCCCUGUCCUGAUGCUCAUUUGCCCUCUGCACGUUCUCAAAAGGAUGGAGGAUUGCUUGGUCAGAGAUGUUUGAUUCUUGUUUGUUUGAAAAAAAGAAAAAAAAGACCUUUGAGAUCACAUGAGAAAAUAGUCCAUAGAACUGUAAACAAUAUAUUUUUUAUUUUUUCUAAGCCUUUGUUAGCAUUUCCUCAGCAGCCUGAUAUUGUGUGGAAGUCUGUUCUUUUGUGUAAUUGAGCUCAGUGCUUUGCUCAAGAACAGAACAGCCCUUGAAUGGUCACUGCGGAUCAUGACGCGCAGUCUUCUUCACAGCUGAUAGGCCAGUCACGUUAGGUCUAUGAAAGAAACAAUCUCUAUAGGAUACAUUAAGACACUAAUAUGACUGACAUACGUUUUGCUUGUAAAAGGCAGGUCUGUAGUUUCAUAUUUUCAGAGGGAACAUUUGAAGUUUGUUUAAUGUAUUUUGUACAUUUCUGAAUGGACCAUCUGAUGACACAUAAAAUAAUUAUUCCGAAAUGGGGGGUUCCGUCCCUGAGUUCAUUUGAAAUGUUUGUUUUUUUCUAAAUCUGCUUCAAUCUAGUCAUCAUUUUUUAUCUUAAUUUUCUGUUUUGGCAUGUAAUAACUUAAAUAACUUUUUAUCAGUGGUCAGUUUAGCCUAUGCACUUUUAAGUUCUAUGUCUCUGCUGGAAAAAAAGAGAAAAUGUCAAAUUUCCACAGGAGCAUCUCUGUGGAUAUGUCCGUAUGCUUUUCUUUGUUUUCUGUCUGUUUUCUGUCUUUUCAGUCAGAUAAUAUUCAGCAAAUGUUGCCAGUAGCAAAUAGAACUUGGGCUUGAUGAAUUUUGUACAUCAUGGUUGAGUCCAUGUCCAAACUAUUUCUGCCAGUAGGUCCAUGAAUCUUAGCUCCGUUUGCUCUUAAACGUGUGUGACUAGUUUGUAUCAGCUGGCCAGUGGAUUGACUGUAGCUGGGUUGAAUGUUGGACCAUCUAUUUUAGAGCAAUUUAAUGAGAACAAUAUCAGGCUCACAUGCCAGUGAAGAUGUCUUUGUUAAUAGUUGAUUAUAUGAUGCCUGUAAUAAAAAGUGUAAUUAUUACUAAAAUAUGAUAUAAAUAAAUAUAUAAUGUACAGUA